AUGAUCAAUGUCAUAAAGGCCCUGGAGCAAGAUAAAGGGCUAGAAGGUGAUAUGAAGUUAUUCGGUGAGCAGGGUUGGUACCGGAUCCUGCGCCCUCAAGGCUGCCGCCCUCACCCCCGCUUUAGGAUAUUUCGCCAAGCUGCGUGGGACACUGUCCUCGGCUCACCAAUGAGAGCCGGGCGAUUGGUGCAGGGCCAGCGCUUCACAGAGCACAGCCUUGGGGAAAAGCAAGGAGUCGCAGAUUGCGGGGGGGGGGGGAGCUCCGGCUGCGGGAGCGCGGCGACGGCGCUCCUCCUUUCUCCACGUCAUGGGGGCCGCUCGGCGCUCUCCCACCCCCGGCCGAGGGAGAGCAAGUCCCUAGCAGGGCGCGCCGCCGAGUUGGCGAAAGGGGAGGAGGCGGGAGCGAGCCGCCGCCGCCGCCGCCGCCGCGGCAGCAGCAGAGGGGCCGGGAUCCCGGAGCGCAGCUCACGGCCCCCGCCCGGGUGGCCUCUGCAGCCGCGGGGACCCCGCGUUCGGGGCUCCCCUGCUCCCUUUCAAUCUCUGAUCAAGCAGAUCCCACGAAUCCUGGGCCCAGGCCUCAAGAAGGCUGGCAAGUUCCCCUCCUUGUUGACCCACAAUGAGGACAUGGUGGCCAAGGUGGAUGAAAUGAAGUCCAGAAUCAAAUGCCAGAUGAAGAAGGUGCUGUGUCUGGCAGUGGCUCUUGGCCCCGUGAAGAUGACAGAGGACGAGCUUGUGUACAACAUCCACUUGGCUGUCAGUUUCCUGGAGUCACUGCUUAAGAGGAACUGGCAGAACAUCUGGGCUUUAUGCAUCAAGAGCACCAUGGGCAAGCCCCAGCAUCUGCACGAAGGCACACAGCUCAAUAAACCCUAG